AUGCCUGGAGGUAAUGCCGAGAAGGGACAGCGCUACGUCGCAGCUUUGGACCUAGCGCGGAGCCAGGGCAAAUGGGACGAGGUGCCUGAAUUAAUUCGAAAAGUCACCAAACAUGCGCCGCGAAAGACUUGUCUGAUACAGACUGCAACGGGGGAGUCGCGUGUGAUUGCAUAUAUCCAACAAAAGUCUUCCGGUGACUCUUCGACCGCAUCCCCGAACCUUGUCGAGUUGAUUCCAGCCCUUUUGAUGACAAUUGAGAACAAUGACGGCUCGCCACAAGAAUUAUUCCAAGCGCAGGUCUGCCUAGGAUGGAUACAUUGGGUUCUGAAUGAACCUAGCCUAUCGGCAGCGCGUCUACCUAAAGACUUCACAGCGACAAUCGAUAGCUUGACCAGUGGGGGAGAACCUCUUACCUCGUGGACAGAGGUUUGCAUAGUGAAAGGAUGCUACAUCAAGGCAACCGCGCAAUCUAGUGUCGCGGACAUUGGCGACACGCUCGAGACAUUUGCAUCCCUAAUUCCGUGGCUCAACAGCGGCAGGUUAGCAUUGAUUUCUACCCCGCAAUUGCUGGGUUGGUCCGAAUCACUUCUGGGCAAGGGUUCUCUCCUGGCAAUUGAUGAAGCGAGCAAAUGCACACCCUACUCGGAACCCAGGCAUGUCGAUAUUGCCCUGCGCUUGCUCAGGCUAUGGGCAGCUCAUCCUGCCGUGAAACAAGGGGCCUCCAACAGCAAGUCAUCCAGUGUGGAUGUCCCCAUCCCAGCCCAACGAUCAUCAGUAUGGGCUGGCUAUUACGGGCUCCUCACAACGGUUCUACAGGAUGGGCUCCCAUACACUGGUCCCAAUGAUGGACCGGACCGCCCCCAACUUGCCAGUGAACUGCGCCGCGUGGAGACUAUCUGCGAGCGUAAUCUGCUCAAUGAAGUCAAAUUUCCUACGGCCAGCUCGGCAAACUCACAGGUCGAGGAAUGGGUUGAGCGGGUGGUCGGUAACUGGGAAGUCCUGUGCGGUCCCGUGUGGCAGGAUUCGGACCUCGGCGAAGGAGGUCAGGAUGCCGUUGGUCGUAACGUGCUAGAGAUUCUGUAUCGUGCAGCGGCAAAGACCUAUCAUUCUCAUUUGGUACUCCGCCGUCUCUUCCAUGUGCACUCCGCCUUGGCGGACUUUGACCUCGCCUUGAAGGCGCUCGAUUCAUACAUCGAGAUUGUCACUGCCGCUAAGGAGCGUGCAGAGAAGUCUGCGGAAUAUGGAGAGCUGGAGAAGGAUGAAGUGUUGCUGCAGACUCUCUCCGAGGGAGUCACAUUAUUGGCCUCUCUAGGCUCGUUCGAAGAGGCAGAGAAGGCCCGGGAUCUGACUGAAAUUAUAAAGAAGUAUAUCGACAAGCAUACUUUGCCUCACACAAAUGGCCAUGUCACAAACGACCAGGUCACAAAUGGCCAAAUCACAAACGGCCAAAUCACAAACGGCCAGAUUGCAAAUGGCCAGAUUACAAAUGGCCAGGUCAAUGGCAGCUCUACGCACUCAACAGGCAUCCCUUCCUCCGUGCUGGCGUCGUCCUACCGAGCCGUCGGUAUUGGCCUUGCCUCUUGGGCAAGCUGGACACCGGUGAAUGAAUCACGCGAUGAAAUUAGAGCUGAUGCAAUCGAAUACCUCGAGAAGAGUCUUGCUCCAGAGUUGGGAAAUAGCACAAACUAUUCCUCUUUAUACACCCUGGGUCUUCUCUUGGCCGAGAACCGAGAUUUGGACACUGCGAUUGACUAUGUUAAGUCGGCUCUGACGCCCAAUGGCACAUCUAAUGCCGUGUCUGAUGAUCUUUCCAAAGAGCGUGAUUUGGUACCUUUGUGGCAUCUGCUUGCGCUGCUGCUGAGUGCGAAGCAAGAAUUCGAGAUUGCUGGUCGGUCAUGCGAAGCUGCAUUUGAGCAGUUUCCCCGGGAAUUGUUCUCGAAAGGUCAUCGUGACCGGCGAUCGUCGAGAAAUGCACCAAAUUCCAAUCAACGGACGAUUAUCAACCGAUUGCAAGGCAGAGAGAAAGAGCGCAUCAUUCAAACUCGCAUCACACAGCUUGCUUUCAUCGAGCUCCUGGAGGGCCCUGAGGCCGCUGUCAACCACAGCACACAAUUACUGAGCCUAUUCAGCACUUUGUUCCAUGAUCUGAAGCUCGAGAUUGGGGAGACCAGCGCCAAAGCCGACCUAGUACCCCCGAAAAGCUCUUCAGGAACCACCAGAAGCUUCCGGGGUAGCAUUUUCGGUCGGCACAGGACAUCUCAGUUACCGGAUCGCCGUGCCGAUCCAAGUAAUGGUUCUGGCGUCGUUCCGCCAACCCCUGCCAUCCCUAAUGGUCAUACGACGGAUGCUCCGUUAAUCCAGGUCACCGAUGAAGAUUUUAACAGCCGUCAGGGGAGACCGCCAACCAUUGGGCGGUCAGACUCAAAGAAAUUGAAAAAGCGGAGUAUGAGCUUCAGCAGAAGUGAGAAGCCGCCUGUUGAACAGCCUCCACUUCCUAACGGGGGCGAGACACCGGCAGACGCUGUUGGCAUUGCGGUUUCUGGCAACGCAUCGCCAGAAUCCGCGAUCCAUCCUACCAAAGGCAAACAAUCACUGCCGGCAAUGGCCCACAACAUGAACCACAGAGAAGAGCCUUUCCCAGGCGGUCAUGAGCACCAACCCCCUCACCAGGAUAUCCGGCUGCCGGUCUGCCACCGUUUCGACUCUCCCACCAGUGCCAUAACCAAGUUCUCCGUACUUCAGUCUCAGAAGCAUGCACUGGGUAUUCUCAUCAAGAUCUGGCUUGUUAUCGCCGGUCUUUACCGCCGAGCAUCUCUGUUUGACGAUGCCCGUGAAGCCUGUGAAGAAGCUUCCAAGCAGGCCGCUCGAGUGGAAGCACUUGUUGCAUCUCAAGAGUCUUCCGCUCGAGUAUUCAGAAAGCGCGGCUGGGGAGCUUCCAAAAGCUCCGAAGAGCUUUGGGCUGAUGUAUACGCGGAACAGGGUCUCUUAGCACAAGCUCGGUCCAAGCCUCAUCAAGCCAUCAAGCACUUCGAGGAAGCACUGCUGCGCUACCAGGACCACCCUACGGCUACCAUUGGUCUUGCGAAUCUUCUUCUGGAUAUUUGGGAGCAGAAAUUGGCCCCCGAAGCGCCAAAUGCAGAUGUGGAUCUCGACGUGGCACGCCUGUCGUUGCUGUCGGAGACACCCAACCCCAAGUCUGCGAAGGCUAUCUCGACCGAAGAUGGCAAGACACCAAAUGGGGCCGAAAGCACAGGAACAGCAGAGACUUCUUCAUCCGCCCAAAAUGUUGAGCCUAAGCAACUACAUCGCCUUGCAGCCCGCGAUCGCGCCUAUGGUCUUCUUUCGGCAUUGACCAAGCUUGGAAGCUCCUGGGACAACUCCGAGGCAUGGUUUGCGUUGUCCAGAGCAUACGAGGCGGGUGAGCAGAUCGACAAGCUGAAAGAGGUACUGUGGUGGUGCAUUGAACUCGAGGAUCGACGGCCAAUUCGUCACUGGUCUAAUAUUGGAUCUGGCCUCUACGUCCUCUAA